GACCUUAGAGUUGAAACAUUGCUCAGAGAGUUUUCGUCAAUUUUAAACGAAAAAAACAGAGAAUUGGAGAAACGAGAUAAUAUUAUUAAUAGUCUUCAAGAAAAAUUAAUCAAGGUUGAAAGCGAAUAUCAAAAUGUUGAAUCCCUAGCUGCAGAACGCCAUGAACAAAAACAAUGCCAACACAAUAGAAAUCAUAAUUGGCUUAUUCAUAAUGAGAGCAGAAGCAAUUUACCUAAUACUCAGGCGGAUGAUUCCAAUAUAAAUAUGCAAAAUCAAGAAAAUAGUGAAAAUUUACAUCUGGUCAAUAACAAAGAAAUUGUCCAAAUUAAAACUUUUUCUGAUUAUGAUCAAUCGCCCCCUCCACGAAAGGUUAAAUCCGGACUUAAAGAUUCGGUCGAGCUGAAACUACAACCUGUGCCACACGAACCACCUACCUCUAGAUCUAAUGAACGCUCUCAACAGGUUUUUCUGCCCUUAAUGAGUAGCAUACCUACAAGUCUGCUACAGUUAAGUAAGCAACAGCCGCAAAGUUCCUAUAAGGACAUAGCUAACAGCGCACCUGAAGAUACUGGUGAAGGGAAAAUGCAAUCUAAAGCUACUAAGGACGAUCGAAUGUUAUUUCCACCUUUCAAACUCAGCUCACACCAACCGCAACCACGACGUCCACAACCGCAUAUAAAUUAUUCUCGGACUCGCCCUCGUACUAGACCAGCUCAAACACGAGACCGGCAUAAUUCCCGGGUUACUACCCCACAAUGGCACCUCAGACAGGCAAAUUUUCGGAAGAGCCGCUUAAAGCACAGAUCCCCUGGCUGGAAGGAAUUUCUUGUCUUA